ACAAUUCAUAUCAACCCUUCAACUCCAGUCCCCAGUAGUUGUUUUGGCUAGGUCCCCAUCCUUUGAGCUGAAGACCCAUCUGUUCAAAUGGCCAACAACAACAUUCUAAGAUCAAAUUACGAAGUCAGAGCGUUUCAUGCUUUAAGUAUCGUUGGUCUUUUGCUAUUGAUGCUAAGAGUUGGUGCAACAGAGUUCAAGGUCGGAGGCUCAAAGGGGUGGACCGUGCCCACUGAUCCCAAUGCACCCAGCUACAAUCAAUGGGCAGAGAUGCAUCGAUUCCAAAUUGGAGACUCCCUGCUGUUCGUCUACCCACCUGACAAUGACUCAGUGCUUCAAGUUAACAAGGAGGAUUACACCAACUGCAGCACAGCACAACCCAUUUCAUUAUUCAACGAUGGCCACACUUCCUUCAAGUUCAAUCAAUCUGGACCCUUCUACUUUAUAAGUGGGAGUAUAGAGAACUGUCUCAAAAACGAGAAGAUGGUGGUAGUAGUCAUGGCAGACAGAAACAACCUAUCUUCAAGCUCAAACAGCACAGAACUGGCUCCUCCUCCAAACUCAAACGAGACAAUCUUGGCUCCUCCACCACCCAACUCAAACGAGACAAAUCUGACUCCUCCCCCUCCGCCAUCUGGUUCUAUUGAAAUCGUCCCGUCCCCAACUCCUAGUGAGACUCCAGCUUCACCUUCACCUUCCCCUCCAAGUGGAGCCUCUUCGGUGUUGGUGAGUUUCAUCGGUUCAAUUGGAGCAUUUGUCGGUUCAUAUCUUCUUUUAAUCCUCUGAUUCCUUUUGAGUUUCGAAUAUUUGUAUGAGCCGGAUUGGUUUUUCUUUUGUUUCCUUUUUUCCUUUUCACAAUACUUCCUUUCUACUGAUCCUUUUUGCACAGUUACCUCGGUGAACCCAUCUGUGUCUUCAAGAUUGGCUUGGUCAUGGUGUUUUAUUUCUUCGUAAAAAAUUGGAAAAAUAAGAUUUUAACUGCUUGGGUCGGUGGGAAAUUUAUCGUAUACAGAGCAAUGUAAAUAAGAAAUAAACGAGUUCCUUUAUUGUAUGAUAACUGGUAUCUUCUUUCUUAA